GUGGUGGCCUUAGGAGAAGUGCCCGAUGGAACGGUGGUCACCGUCAUGGCUGGAAACGAUGAGAACUACUCUGCGGAGCUGCGAAAUGCUUCUGCUGUGAUGAAGAACCAGGUGGCCAGAUUUAAUGACUUGAGAUUUGUGGGCAGAAGUGGAAGAGGGAAGAGCUUUACUUUGACAAUAACUGUCCUGACAAAUCCCCCCCAAGUCGCUACAUACCACAGAGCUAUAAAGGUUACAGUGGAUGGGCCGAGAGAGCCAAGAAGGCACAGACAGAAGCUUGAUGACUCUAAACCUAGUUUGUUCUCUGAACGUCUCAGUGAUUUAGGGCGCAUUCCUCAUCCCAGUAUGAGAGUAGGGGUCCCGACCCAGAGCCCACGGCCCUCUCUGAACUCUGCACCAAGUCCUUUUAAUCCACAAGGACAGAGUCAGAUUACAGACCCCAGGCAGGCGCAGUCAUCCCCACCAUGGUCCUAUGACCAGUCUUACCCAUCCUACUUGAGCCAGAUGACUUCACCAUCCAUUCACUCCACAACUCCCCUGUCCUCCACUCGAGGCACAGGACUUCCAGCCAUUACCGAUGUGCCCAGACGCCUCUCAG